CACCGAGCAUCCAUCCACCAUCUUGGUCUCAUCUUGUCUCUCCAUCCACUGCAUCUUCCAUCAUCUUCUCCUGCAUCGUCACUGCAUACUCUCUCCUCAACACCCUCGCCCUCCUUCCGUCUCUCCACAUGCCACUCCUCGCUCUCUAGCUCCCCGCCACCCCACAUCCCGUGACCCCCAUUCCUUCAAUCUCGCCGCGCCAUGCCAACACCGCGCUACCCCCCGGCAGGCUUGCGCGCGGCACAUCCGUCGCUCGGCAACAAGGCUCCACACAAACGGCGUGCCAGCGGGCAGCCCACCGCCGAUGUAUCGCUCGCCGACCCCGUGCCCAUCGAGGAGUUUCCUCCGCCAGCCUGGCGAACCGUCCUCAACUCGCGUGCCGACCUCGGAUACCCGGACUUCUAUCCAUCACGGCCCGGUUUCGGCCAGCCUGAAGAUGAGAUGAGCGACACCUUUGUCAAGUCCGGCUUCUCCCUCAAGCCGGCUGUUAAUGUGACGGCGGAGAGCUUCUCCAUGCAUGGCCCGGUGUACCAGCAGCUCCAGACCGGCGGCCUGGAACGGCUGAUGGAGUUGGGCCGCGAGAUCAUUGCGCAGCGGAAUGCUGCCAUGCCUUCUUUCCAAGAAAGGGCGUUCCGCAUCCCCGUGCGUGUGACAUACAACGAUACCAAGCGGUCACAGUUCAUCGCCGACCUCGCCAACCCUGCCAUUCCAGUUACGCGGCUCAUGCGCAAUCCCGUUCCCCACGGCUUCAAGGGUGUCGAGCUCCUCGAGACCAUGUUCCAUCCCCCUCAGCCUGGGAUGCGCCCCGGCACCGUCAGCGCUGCGGGGAAGCCCCCACCUGAACCAAUCCCGAUCGAUAGGGCGCUGUGGUUCAUCCGGAUCCUCGGCGCAAACGAGAUCAGCGCACAUCGUGGACGAGCUCAACCGGUGUCAUCGGUGCAGGCUCCCAGCCCAGCUGCAGCUACGCCUAGCUCAACAGCCACCUCCGCCCCAGUGCCGCUGCCGCUCAACUCGAACGACUGGUACACUGCCGAGUUCACCACUGCUUUUACUGCAUGGCUGCGCAUGCAAUUAGCGCAACUUGUGUUACCCACCAAGCCCAAGGCGGGAGGAGGUGGUGGGACACUGCCACCUCCCAAGACGCCCACAGGCGUUCUGGGCGACGAGAAAAGCCGCACACGAUGGCUUGCCAAGUGGCAGUACUCCAACACCCUUCUCAAGCAACUGAACCGGAAACGCCUAAUUUCUCAACGGCAACUGGUCGGCUGGCUCGCUGACUUCCUUGGCCAAGCGAACCUGGCCCAGGUCGGCUUCGUCGCACAGUUGAUCCACGAAAACCUCAAUGAUGUUGCGGAAAGCUCGAGCAUAUCCCGGCAUUGCGUGCGUUCUGCGUGUGUGAAGCUCAAGGAGAUACGGGGCUCGCCGGCGAAGGAGACAAUGACAAAGGUCGACGAGCAGCUCACCACGAUCAUCCGCGUUCUAUAUGAAACCGACCCCGAGGUCAUGCUCUCCCCAACGACAUGGGUUCGCUUCUCGCCACUCGUGGGAUCGAUCGUCGACUCAGUUACUCCUCUCUGGGCGGAUCUUGAGCGCCGGAACAACGCCCUGAUGUUCAAGCCCAUCGUGGUAGACCCCGGGGCCAGCCCUAGGCGACAACAGAUGGCCGAAAUCCACAUGCUUGACUCGAUCUGCGCUGAGACGGACAUGUCUGCGCUCUGUAAGGCAUACUUUAGUGGGCCUUGCGCUCCAACAAGCCCAAAGAUCGACGUGUCAAAGCUCGAGGAAAAGGUUUUCAUUCUCGUCAACUGGGCAAUGGGCCUGUACCACAUGGGCGUGCACAGGCCCUACGCCGUGUACACCAUGUUGAAGAAGUGGCAGCAAUGGCACGAGGAGAUCAGGCCAAACGACCAUUUUGACUUCUUUCCUAUCCUGUACAAGUGGUUGGAUACCUCGGUUCCGGCGCGCAAAGCGGAAAAUGUCCUGCCGAUCGGUAUCUCCUUCGGCGAGCUCACGCGCCAGGGCCUUUUCUCGUACGGACGGUACUUAAACACCCUUAUCUCACAUGGCCACAGCGCCCGCUUCUCGAAGGGGAAGGGGCCACCGUCGCACCACCUCGAGCUCCUCCGCGUAAUGCCAAUAUUCGUCGAGGCGCCCGAUCUGCUCGAGCAGCGACGCCUCGUGCUCAGCGGUGACGGUGAGAAUCGAGAGCGCGAGCAGGCCGAAGAAGACCAUCAGCUCGAGACCUUCCGCCAGGAGAUGAAAGAGUACGUACCCGAGGUCUUCGGCCUGCGGCGAUACGGCAAGAGUGCAUUUAUCCGCGAGAGCAUCGACUAUCAGAUCCCCAUGGCGGCGGGCAUUACGCGCUUUGAGUUUGUCCACAGCCGCUUCUGGCUGUUUGCGGCUGCUGUCCACCACUUCAAGCGUCAAGGCUCACAGCCACCCAUGGACGCCAGCACGUACGCACGCGUCAUGAACGUCUUCAUGCAGUGCCGAGGAUACUCGACUUUGGCAGAUUUCCUCGUCAAGGGCAUCACCGGCACUGAAGACCCCGAGAUCCUCCUUAUUAUCCUGGACUCGAUCAAGCGCGAUGCCGACGUCUGGACCUCCAUCGAUAGGUGGAAUCAGAUCACGGCUGCGCUCGUGGCCCGUUUUCGCGCUAUGCAGAGACGUGGCGAGUUCUGCGCCCCGCUCGUCGCCGUUCUCCAGAUGCUGGUCCAGCACCACCGUCUGGUCGACCCGCACGCCGAGGCGGAGGUGCUCAAAGCCAGAGAACGACAUAGACGCGUAUCGCCGGAGGCCCCUUCCAUCGCGGUCGACAUGGACCAGAGUAUGGAGGGGUUGCGGCAGGUCAUCACCGCAGGCAACACCGAGAAAGCAGUCGGACUGGCCCCCAAGAUGUUCACCCGGCACGGCAAGUUUGACUUGUGGUCGACGACUUGGUGGCAGAAUGUUAUCCAAGCCGUUCAGGCAGGCGAGGCAGGCAAGCCGAACGCCGUGAACGCCGCGGUGGCGCACAUCACCGAGGUCAUUGACCAGGCAGGUGACGGGUCGCUGAGGCCCGUGUUCGUCACUUGGGUCGCGUCUCUUACCCCGAGCACUCGGGUUGACCUAUUUGGCAGGCGCAGCGUGCCGCCGGUUGUCCGCAUGCUGCUCGUGCUCAUUGUCAGGCGUCUCCUUGGCUCACACACACUCCUUGAGCAAGUCCUCUUCCCGGAGCUCAAGCAUGCUGCAUCUCUCGUUUCGGCCUCACAUCCGCGACUGUCAAGCAAACGCACGUAUGCCGUCGAGUGGGCAGUCACCCUCGCUCAGCAGCUUCUUCUGUGUACGCCCCACAAGAGUCUGCCACCUGCCAGCCUACGCGAGGCGUAUGUUGUGCAGACGGCCCGGGCGGCCGCCUUCCACGCCUCCAACGUCCCCAACCUGAUCCAGCACCUACCCGUCCUCGUCGUCCUGGAGCGCUCAAAGCUCGUUCCCGAGAAGACGCGGAACCAGAUCGGCGUCAUCUUCCGCGGCCUCGCCGAGUUGCCACAGUUCAAGACCGCUGCAUUCCGCAAUCUCGACGUGCUCAAAGACGCUUUCCUGUCCAAUGACUGGAUCAAGCGCUCCAACGACUCCUCGCUGGAGACUGGCAUGGUCGAGGGCCUCAAGCUCAUGAUGUCGGACAAGCGCUCAAAGUCUUCAGAGAGUCUGCCCACGCUCGAGGGCGGCGGCAAGUACAGCGCAUGGCGGUACACGCGCAUCGUGCUCGAGAUGAGGGUGGAGUUCAAGCGUCUGACCAUGCGCAUCGCCAACAACGAGGAGCCGCACGAGGCUCGCAAGCAACUGUCGCAGAUUGUCAAGCAGUCGUUGGACCGCGAGGCUACGCCCGAUGAUACGGACUUGCUCGUUGAGGCGUUCCGCGGCGCCGACUCUGUCGUCGCGCAGGAGAUUUUGGCUGUAGGGCUAGAGCGUCUCGGCGACCUCCUCCGCCGCUUGCUCGGCGCUGAGGACCAGCACCAGGUGGAGCAAACUUCAAGCGGCAUUGAUCUUGUGCUGCGUGUCAUCAGCAGCAUUGGGCGUCAGGAUCGACUCGAAGCAGCCGCGGCCGCCGCUCGGGACCGUCUUUUCAACCUCCUGGCCGACGCCUUCCAAUCGCUCGAACGACACGUAUCCAACGAGGACGACGUGCACAUGCUUCCGGGCGCUACGCCACCCGAGCCCGGCACGAUACUGAAGGCUGUUCUCAACCUCCUUCGCUUCGUCCUCUCAAUCCCUUCAACUGAGAUCCACAUCCCGUCGUCUCCCAAACCUGACUUCGGCGCUCUGGUCGUUGCAUUCUUGCAUCUUGCAGUUGCCCUGUGUUCCCGUUCGCAGGGAUACACUAAUAUGGAAUCAAUGCGCGAUCUGUUGAUAUUCCUUGUCGACUCAGUCCCGGCAAACAGCCAAGCGGCCGUUUAUCACGCGCGCGUAUUUGAGGCCUCAACGCCCGCUGUGCAAGAUCUUCUCGCUCGCUCGCCGUCAUUCGCCAGCGCCCUCCCGCGACCGAAGACGGAUUACCGCGCCAUGUCAAUGUGCAGCUCAUCUGGCCUGGUAGACAGCGACAUGGGUAUGGCCCUCGAGGACAGACCAUGGGAGAUGGUUGAGCAAAUGGUCGACCAGCCGAUUCUCAAGCAUUGCGAUAUGUUCCUCACUUCAAAGGCUUUGAAAGACACAUCGUCGAUCCCUAUAGCCCUGUUCAAGCCGCAGUUGGUGCGUGACGAGGUCCCCGACGCCGCACGUGAAGGAGAACAUCCGUGGGAGUACGCAUCUUCGGAGCGCAACCUCGGAAACGGCUUUGGGGGCGAACCCAUCGCCGCACGUCAAGCCGCGACAAUCCUGUAUGCCCGCAAGGACGGCAAUGUGGGCGACCAACCGACGCUGGUGAUGCCCCCCACGCCCGCGAAGGUGAAGCGCUUGAACCCUCGCAAUAGUACACCUGUCAAGGGAGCAGGAACCAACAACGACCCUAUAUCAAUAGAAUCUGACGAAAGCGAGGAGGAAGAGGAGGAGCCUCGUCCUGCAAGCAAGCGCCCUCGCACUGGCUCGAAAACAUCCACGGGGUCUACGCGUCAGGUGACUGGCGGCAAGGCACCACGCAAGGCCGCGCCAGCGCGCAAGGCUCCCGCCAAGAAUGUGAGGAGCACAUCAGGAAAGGAAGUCAAGGGACGCCGAAAGAGUGGACAGGAGCAGUGAAUGCGCUCCCUUUCCAAGAGAGAUUGUUUGCAUUGCUUGAGACCACGCCUGCAUUGUACGCCCAAGAUGGAGAGUGCCCUCGGAGGACAUGUAGCAUGGCAUGCAAUUGUUGUAUCAUGGA